AUGUUUCUUCGCUCCAUCGCUCGCGCUGCUCCUCGCAGCCCGGCCGCCAUCCGUGCCGGCCCUGUGGCCUCGCUGAACGCCAUGCAGACCCGCGCUGCCUCUGACCACGCUAUCUCCAAUCCUACUUUGGCCAGCAUCGAGAAGCGCUGGGAGGCUAUGCCCCCUCAGGAGCAGGCCGAGCUCUGGAUGCAGCUCCGUGACCGCAUGAAGGUCGACUGGCACCAGAUGACUCUGCAGGAGAAGAAGGCUGCCUACUGGAUCGCCUUCGGUCCUCACGGUCCCCGCGCCGAGGCCCCCAAGGGUGAGGGUCUGCGCAUCUUCUUCAAGGUUGCUCAGCUCACUGCUGCCUCCAUCGCUGUCUUCUACGCUGUUCACUACUUCGCCAAGCCCCAGCCCAAGACCAUGUCCAAGGAGUGGCAGGAGGCUACCAACGAGUACGCUCAGUCCGAGAAGAUCAACCCCAUCCACGGCAUCAGCAAGGAGGGUUACGAGGGCAAGGGCUUCGUUCAGAGCCCUGCUGCCGAGAAGUCAUAA